UUUGCAGGAGAUGACUUGGAAAACACCAUGUCUUAGUUUUCUUUACCCACUAUUUCCAUGCAUUUUCGUCUUCAUCUUCUUCCUUUGAGAAUCUGCCUGUCCUUUGCUCUCAGAGAAUUAACAUUUGAGGGAGCGGGUCAGGCUUCUCCAGAUAGAUCUUUAAGGAUCACAUUAGUUGGAGAAGGCAAUACAUAAUUCAUUAAUGGCUUCAACUUCCGAUUCCCCGCCUUCGGCUGAUUCAUCUUCCUCGGAUUCUCCUCCGUCACCCCCACCGGAUUCAAAUUCACCUGACGAUUCCACCUCCUCGCCGCCACCCCAGUCCCCUCCUCCAUCAUCCCCUCCACCACAGUCUCCCCCGCCGCAAUCUCCUCCUCCCUCAUCGCCACCACCGUCCGAUAACCAAUCACCCCCACCGCCACCCGACCAAGACAAUGGCAACAACUCAUCUCCUCCCCCUCCUCCACCUUCUAAUAGCAACGAUAACAACGGUGGAGACGAUAACAAAACAAGGAGCCCUCCGCCGCCUCCACCUCCAUCGAAUUCCAAGGGAGAGUUUUCGCCUCCGCCACCGGUGCACCGGUUGUCUCCAUCGGAAAAAAGUUCACAUGGACCAUCGAGUAAUCCAUCACCGUCAUCAGGUAGCAACAACGAUGGAUCUCAACUGAGCGUACCAGCUAUCAUUGGGUUGGCUGCCGGAGCAGGCUUGCUGCUGCUCGUGUUCAUUAUCGCCUUCGUUGCAUGCAACAGAAGGAAGAAGAAGAGAUCUGAAGGUCCCAUUAUUUACUACGCCAACAAAAAAUUUGAUGAUGACUAUUACAAGCACGCAAAGAAGGGAAACAAUUGGAACAAUACUGGUUACAACACUGGUGACCAACACGUUAUGAACAUUCCGGCACCUCCAGGAGGAGGAGGAGGAGGCGUGAAUAAGACUCCUUGGGGAGCACCGCCGGCUCCAUUCUCCGGAAACAUGAACAGCGGUGAGAUGAGCAGCGCGAGCUAUUCAGGGCCGGUAGGUCCUCCGCUGCCUCCGCCACACCCCUCGGUGGCACUAGGGUUCAACAAGAGCACCUUCACGUACGAGGAGUUAGCGGCGGCAACCAAUGGGUUCGCCCAAGGGAACCUGCUGGGACAAGGCGGGUUCGGGUAUGUGCACAAAGGAGUGCUGCCGAACGGGAAGGAGAUAGCCGUGAAGAGCCUCAAGUCCACGGGAGGGCAAGGAGACAAAGAAUUCCAAGCCGAGGUUGAUAUCAUCAGCCGAGUCCAUCAUCGCCAUCUCGUUUCUCUUGUUGGAUAUUGCAUUCAAGAUGGUCGCAGUCUCUUGGUCUAUGAGUUUGUGCCUAACAAAACAAUGGAAUACCAUCUUCACGGAAAGGAUCGGCCUGUUAUGGAUUGGCCGACUAGGCUCAAAAUCGCGAUUGGAUCGGCCAAAGGACUUGCUUACUUGCACGAGGAUUGCCACCCACGGAUCAUUCACCGUGACAUAAAAGGCGCAAACAUUCUACUUGAAAACAACUUCGAAGCUAAGGUGGCAGAUUUUGGAUUGGCAAAGUUUACCCAAGACAACAACACCCAUGUUUCCACUCGUGUAAUGGGAACAUUCGGGUAUUUGGCUCCUGAGUAUGCUUCAAGUGGCAAAUUAACUGAGAAGUCUGAUGUCUUCUCAUUCGGUAUUAUGCUCCUGGAGCUCAUAACAGGACGACCUCCGGUUGACACCACCGGAGAGUAUGAAGAGGACAGUUUAGUUGACUGGGCCAGACCUCUUUGCAUAAAGGCGAUGGAAAGUGGAAGCUUUGAAGGUCUGGUGGAUCCACGAUUAGCGAACAAUUAUGACAUGCAGGAGAUGGCCCGUAUGGUGGCUUGUGCUGGUGCCAGUGUCAGGCACUCCGCGAGAAGGCGACCAAAAAUGAGCCAAAUUGUACGCGCACUGGAGGGUGAUGUGUCACUGGAUGACCUGAGCGAGGGAGUGAAGCCUGGGCAGAGUUCAAUAUUCACAAACAGCAGUAUGGAAUAUGAUGCUAGCACUUACAGUGCGGACAUGAAGAAGUUCAGAAAGCUUGCAUUGGAUAGCGGCUACGCAAGCAGUGAAUUUGGCCAAACAAGCGAGUAUGGUCUCAACCCCUCCUCCUCAAGCAGUGAAGAGCACUCUUCUGAAUACGGCAAGUCCAAGUAAUUAACAAUCUAUCGAACGUGCCCCCCCAAACGACGUCGCACCCACUUUCACCCGCAAACCUCCAGCUUGUGAACCCAAUAAAAUCAUCUCCAUUAAUUAGAAAUCCUUGUUUUAUCAACUUGUUGCAUUACUUUAGCUACCUAGACUACGCUUCUUUUAUUUCAGCUGUUAUUCUUAUUUUGGUAUCACGUACACUAAGCUGGAGGGGGAAAAAGUAUUUCUUUUAUUUGCGAAAAAAGGGGAGAAUAUUGAAUCACUUGUGUUACAUUUAUCUACAUUAUUAAUUAACAUGUAGAAGGGGUCGCUGCAAUUUGUCUAACUUCA